GACGGGGACAAGGGCGGGGUGGCCGGGACUGCGCUGUCCCGGGGUGCCACCCGUGUGCCAGGUGGCAGGUGCCACCCGUGUCGCUGUCGCCAGGUGUCGUGUUUCCGCGAGGAGCGGGACGUGCUGGCGCGGGGGGACCGGCGCUGGAUCACCCGGCUGCACUUCGCCUUCCAGGACCCGCAGUGCCUGUACCUGGUCAUGGAGUACUACAUCGGGGGCGACCUCCUGACCCUGCUCAGCAAGUUCGGGGACCGGCUGCCGCUGGCCAUGGCCCGCUUCUACCUGGCCGAGCUCGUCAUGGCCAUCGACUCCGUCCACCGCCUCGGCUACGUCCACCGGGACAUCAAACCCGACAAUAUCCUGCUGGACCGCUGGGGACACGUCCGGCGGGACUUCGGGUCCUGCCUGCGCCUGGGGCCUGAUGGCACCGUGCGCUCGGCGGUGGCCGUGGGGACCCCGGACUAUCUGUCCCCCGAGAUGCUGCUGGCGGUCGAGGACCCCUCGCGCUCCUACGGCCCCGAGUGUGACUGGUGGGCGCUGGGGGUCCUCGCCUACGAGAUGUUCUUCGGCCCCCCGUUCUUCGCCGACACCGUCCUCGAGACCUACGCCAAGAUCCUGCACUUCCAGGACCACCUGCACCUUCCCGAGGACGACGAGGGGGUGCCGGCGGCGGCGCGCGCGCUCGUGCGGGGCCUGCUGUGCGCGCCGGGAGCGCGCCUGGGCCGCGGGGGCGCGCGCGACUUCCGCGCUCUGCCGCUGUUCGCGGGGCUGCGCUGGGCCGCGCUCCGGAGGCAGCGAGCGCCCUUCGCCCCCAGCGCCCGCGGCGCCGCCGACACCUCCAACUUCGACGUGCUGGACGAUUGCCUGAGCCAGCAGGAGCUGCUGGGGGAGCCGGGGGACCCCCCCGAGCUGGGGCUGCACCUCCCGUUUGUGGGGUACUCGUACGCCCGCGGGGACCCCGAGGAGGAGGAGGAAGAGGAGGAGAGGAGGAGGAGGAGGAGGAGGAGGAGUGGGACCAGGACGCGGCCAUGGAGCUGGAGGGGGAGUGGGGGACCCCCCCCGAGUCGGGGACUCCCCUGGGCACCGGCACCCCCCUGGCCAUGGGGCCCCCCGAGGACGCCCCCCCCGGGCAGCGAAGCCCCCCCGGGCACGGAGCCCCCCGGGCACCGCCGGGGUCAGUGCCGGUUCGGGGGAUCCCGGUGGUCCCGGGAGGGGUCAGUGCCCGGUUCGGGGGGAUCCCGGUGCUCCCAUGGGGUGUCAGUGCCCGGUUCGGGGAAUCCCGGUGGUCCCGGGAGGUGUCAGUGCCCGGUUCGGGGGAAUCCCGGUGGUCCCGGGAGGUGUCAGUGCCCGGUUCGGGGGGAUCCCGGUGCUCCCGGGAGGGGUCAGUGCCCGGUUCGGGGGGAUCCCGAUCCCGGUGCUCCCGGGUGUCCCCAGGCAGACGCGGUUCCCGCAGGUGGCGCCGGCGGUCCCGGCGGUCCGGCGGUCCCGGAGCCGGUGCCGGUGCCGGUGCCGGUGCCUGUCCCGGUGUCGGUGCCGGAGCUGCGGGAGGCGCUGGCGGAGGAGCGGCGCGGGCGGGAGGCGCUGGAGCGGGAGCUCGGGAAGCUGCGGGCGGCGGGGCAGGGGCUGGCCCGGCGCCUGCAGGAGGCCGAGAGCCGCAACCUGGAACUGGAAGCGAAACUGCGGCGGCUGCAGAGUGACCCCCCCGGGCCCCGGCCCCCCCCCGCCUCAAGGAGGCGCGGGGCAGCCCCCCCCCAUCGCGGCCCCCCUCACAGAGGUGCCACACGCCGGUGCCACCAAGGACUGUCUGCUGCUCUGCGCCGCCGGCCUGCGCCCCCCGCCCGCGCCCCCCGGGACCCCCCCUUAAUUCGGGGGCCGGGGGUGUCCCCAAAGUGUCCCCAAAGUGUCCCCUCCUCCUCCCCUUUCUUUGCACUUGACCCCUCCCCGUACAGAGACCCC